AUAAGCGGGGUGUUUCUGAAAUUUGAGAUAAACAAAUAAAAUUCGUAAGCUUGCUUUUAAAUCAAAUUUUAUACAAUUUCAUGAGAUAUCAAAUCAUUUUAUAAACAAAUAUUUUGUUUGUUUUAACGGACGAAUAAAAUAUGUUUGCAGAUAAUUUAUUUGAGAUGCGUUUCACAUGGCGCAUCAUAAAAAAUUGGUGACACGAAAGACGGUCCUUGCAAAGACCCUUUCGUGCAAUCGACCCUUGGAUACUGCGUCACGAUCACCGCAUGCAUGCUAUACAGAUUACUGUACGUACCGGUAUUGCAUAAGUUCUCGUGCAUUUUCGUUGCGGAUUUCUCUUUUCUUAGUGCUUUAGAGUGAUUAUUUCUUAAAGCUAUGAAGAUUUGGAGUUCUGAACACGUUUUCCACCAUCCGUGGGAGACAGUCACUCAGGCUGCGUGGAGGAAGUAUCCCAAUCCCAUGAACCCUAGCGUUAUUGGGAUUGAUGUCCUCGAUAGGAAGGUAGAUGAUAAGGGCCGCCUUCACAGUAGGAGGUUGCUUACAACAGAGUGGGGUCUUCCAGGCUGGGUCAGAUCGUUGGUUGGUCUUGAGCCUACAUGCUAUGGAUCAGAGUAUUCCAUUGUAGACCCCAAGAAGAAAACAUUCACAGCUAAGUCUGCCAAUAUUUCAUUGCAAAGUUAUGUUUCUAUUGAUGAGAAACUAGUUUACAAGCCACAUCCUACCAUUGAGAAUGCGACACUUUUGACCCAGGAGGCUACAGUUACAGUGAAAGGAUUAGGAUUGGGUGGGCAGCUGGAGAAGAUGGUUACUAGUACUAUUUCAUCAAACGCAAACAAGGGUCGGGAAGCAAUGGAGUGGGUCAUCGGUACUAUCAACCGGGAGAUGACAGAGCUGGCAUCCACGGCCAAGAAAGGUAUCGAAGAUCUAACCAGUGGUAUAGAGACCAUAGAUUUUGAUUGACAAAGGCUUGAUUCCUGAUGUAGCUAGUGUUAUUUAUGAGUCUUACCUCUGUUUUUGACAGACAGUCACAAGUCCACCAGUAGAUAGAGAGGGUGCUAGUUGCUUGGACUUGCCCCAAUUUAUUGCUUCUUCAGCCUUAAAGCAAUGGGAUAUUAUCUUUGUGUGUGUUUAAUGGUGUGAAAACCCUUUUGGUAUAAGGCUGGCAAAAUUGUCUUCCAUUAUUAUGAAGAUUAGACAUAGUUAUAUUGCAGUGUUACUGCCGUUCGAUCAGUACUCUACUUAGCUUAAGGAACCAUUACGAAGCAGUGGUAUUUGAACUUCGAUUGAACAAGUGACAAGCCAUUGGAUAACAGAUAGAGAAUGGGAGCUCCUGCAUAGAGACUCUUUAAUCAUGGGUUGAUUGCAGUCUAAAGACCUUAUUCAUAUGAUGUAAUAAUCUUGUAGCGCCCUCCCUCAGAGGAUAUAGGAAUAUGCAUUAAAUUUAUUUGUCAGAGAUGUGCCCACUGCAGAUCACCAAUGCAUGCAAGGCAAUGGCUUCAUCCUCUAAGAUGGCAGGGCGUUGACAUCAAUGCAUAAAGUAUAUUGCUUUGUAAGUGGACUAAGCUUUUAAUCGACCUAUGUAUAAUUAUCUCUUUCUCUCUUCCAUUGUAUAUGUAGAGAAUGAGAGUGGGAGUAAGGUGACUUAUGUUAGAGCGAUAUUAUCUCCUAGCUAUGUAUUUAAGGAUAGACAAUCUGUUUCUUUGACACUGACAGUCAUGAAGCUCUGGCCCUAGAUAUUGCCCUAUGAGAAUAUCAUUUUUAAAAUGCAGACAAAGUCAGUAUCAACUUCUGAAUAGAUUCUAACAUCAAACAGCACAAUGGUAGCUAUAGUAGCUCUGCAGAGUAUUGAAAUGUCUAAGAUCCAUGUACAUGGUUUUGUAACUUAACUAGAGAUAUGAAAGGAUCAUUUAUUUGUAUGACUAUGACAGUGUACAAAAGAGGUCACAGAAAUGCUAGUUGCUACUGCGCAACUCUCACUUUUUCCUUUGGUGUAGAGACACAGAAUGAAUGCAAGUUAAGAUUUCCCUUGCAUUGUUCGAUGAAGAAACUUUUUUGUCAUUUCCCUGAUCCAAAACCUGAUUGAUCUGAGUGGUACAUUGCUGUUAUACCACUGUAAUACAGGUAAAGGGAUUGAUAUUGGCAGCCAUUUUAACUGUUAUAUAAGGUGAGAAUUAGAAAAAAUGUGCAAGGGAGACAAGAUAUUGACCUCUGGAGAACAUUUCAUGAAACAGUUAUUUUGAUGGACUUGUUAUAAGCUACCAAAAUCCUUGCAUCUGAUUGGCUCAGAGCAAAUUUGUCAGUAAAAACCAGACUGUUUACAUCAUGAAACACUCCCUUGUUUACAUGUAGUGAGUCAACAAAUGCAAGUGGUAGAGUCGAUUUGUUCAGAACUUUUGGAUGGAAUCUUUUAUUAAGUUCUAUCAAAAGAAUGUAGUAGCUGUUAAAAAAGGAUUGGAGCUUAUUAAAGAAAGAUAUGGUGGGAUAUUUGUAAUUCAAUUUGUAAAAUGAAGAGAUUAACCUGUCAGCCCAAAGUAAAGAUUGAUUGAUUUGCUUGUUUAGUAUCGGACUGCUACGUGAAUACAUCACAACAGUCGGCUUAGUGUUCAUGGCAUACAAAGUUAUUGGUAAAGAUCAGUGCAAUAUACAGCAUGCACAAGUACCUAUUACCAAUGUCACUGCCACUGCCUGUCCAAUAUCCUGUUGAAAGACAUUAUUUUAGGGAAUUCCAUGUCAUCACAAACAGGUGAUAUGUCAGGCAUUGUUAGUUAAGUUUUGGCAAGCUCAGUGUCUUACAUUGCUUCAUUUCACUGACUUUGUAUGCCAUGAACGCAAAUCAGACUAUAAUGCGUCCAGCAAUGAACAUGCAAAUUAAAUGUUCCUAGUUGGUGGACUUGUGAUGGAUAUUUCAUACUACAUGUAUAUACAGAAAGAAAAUUAUAUUUAUUUGUGGUAAAAAAAUAAAAAAAGGACCAAAAAAAGGACAAAAUUUGUAAAAACAUAAAAACAGAGAUAGAUGAAGGGUGAAUUGGUAUUUUAAAGUGUGUGGAUGAUUGCUUCAUUCUGGAAUAAUUUAUAGCCCUGAUCUUAUAUUGAUGUGGUAAAUUGAGGGUGUAGCUUGCAAAACUAGUUUGAGAGAAUCAUUCGGCCUGUAAUAUCAAACCUGCCACUUAGUGAAUUUUUUAUGACUGAUGAAAUUAAAUGAAUGCUCAUUAAAUGUAUGUGCAUUGCAUGAUGUAUAACAGCAUAUCAUCACUGGGUGUUAAAAAGCUGUAUCUCAAUAAUUGAGUCAUGAGAGCUCAGAAAAAAACUUGAUAAUCGAGUUAUGACAUGAGUACCAAUUCUCUUUUGCCUACAUGUAGAAAGUUUUCUCUUUACAUAAAUUAGGAGACUGUUUUCAGACAAUAUGGAUUUGCCAUGAGUUACAUAUAUUUUACUGCAUUUUCUAAGAUAAAGGAUUUAACAUCCCAGCGACGAUAUGCUUUAUUAAUUUUUUAUAUACACUUAGCAAAGUGAUGGUUUUUUUAAUUGUGUCAUGUCAUCCACACAAGUUAGGAAAAUGUGUUUUUUAUCCCUCCCCCCCCCCAAAAAAAAAAAAAAAAGAAAUAGGGACCUGUGAUGUUGAUGUGCCUUUAUUUCUGGAAUGGUAUGUGAUUUUGGGAUAAAAAUUCAUAAUGCAAUCUUAGUUCUACUGCUAUCUUGUGACUCGUGUAAUACAUGUACAUUGUAUUUUAAUGAAUUUAUUUCUGUAGUUUGGAUUAUGUCAUUUUUGCAAGUUCACUCAAAAAAAGGUGUGAUUUUUUUUUUUGGGGGGGGGAAUGAAGCUGAAGCAUCUUGGCAAUAAAAAUUUAUAAUAGUAAAAAAAAAUUGUUAUCUAAUUUUCUUUUUCUUUUUUUUUUCACAAAUGUGUGCAUUUAUCUAGGUUUACUUAAACAUUUUUUAUUAGAAGUGACAGGAACAUUCCAGCAAACUGUUUUGUGAGGUGAAUAUUAGAAUGGAUGCAAUUAAUGUUGUGAUUAUACGUAUCUUUAAAGCUUGUGUCCUGUGAACACACAUAUGUCAAAGUUGGAGGGAAAUUUUAUUGUGUCUCUAAUGAGACAAAAGGAGAAGAAUAACCAUUUCUUAUCCAUGGCUAUUAAACUGAUUUACUACAUUUUUGAAAAUAAAA